AUGGGGUCUUUUGAGGACAAAAUCGACGGCGCUGUGCGGAACAGCGACAUCCCAGGUGUCAUGCUAUAUGCUCAAGAUACAUCUGGCAACUUUCAAUAUUCACACAUUUUCGGCCACGACUUGAAUACCAAGAAGUCUCUCGCAGCCGACAACAUCCUCACACUAGCAUCCGUCACGAAGCUAUUCACAACCAUUGCCGCUCUGCAGCUGGUAGAACGUGGCAUCCUCUCCCUUGAUCAAGAUGUAUCAAAGCACGUCCCAGAGUUGGCAGAAAAGCCCGUGUUGACGGGUUUCACGGAGUCCGGGUCCCCCAUUGAAGUCCAACGCAAGAAUCCAAUCACCCUCCGCCACCUCCUGACCCACAGCGCUGGGAAUAGUUACGACUUUCUCAGUGAUGGGACACGAGAGUGGCAAUCUUUUCACAAGAUCAAACCUGUUCGCGGCUCCACUGUUGAAGAGCGCUUCUGUUACCCGUUGGACUACGAACCAGGAGAGGGCUGGGCCUACAGCUCCAGCUUAGACUGGACAGGCAAACUCAUCGAGAACGUGACUGGGAAAUCUCUGGAACAGUACAUGCGCGAGAAAAUUUGGGAUCCAAUCGGUGCCGUUAGCUUCACCUUUGACAUUGAGACUAUAAGGCCCAAGUUAUGGGGGAUGAAUACCCGCGACAAAAACACGGGAAAGAUCAUCCUUCACCGCGGUCGAAGCUUGAAUCAGGGGGUCACAGACUGUUUAGGCGGUCAGGGGUCGUAUGGUUCGGCGUCAGACGUUAUGCGGGUGUUACAGUCUCUGUUGGUCGAUGAUGGGAAGCUGCUGAGACCGAGUACGACUGCAGAAAUGUUUAAACCUCAGCUUUCUGCUGAGGCAAAGAAGGGCCUUUUAGCAGCAAUGGAGGAGCCUGAGUGGGCUGUUGGUCAUUUCCCUAUUACUCGUGAGUAUGAUUGGGGUCUUGGGGGACUGCUUGUUGACGGGCAUAAUCACCCGAACCGGCAGAACGGAACGCUGAUGUGGAGCGGGGCCUCCAAUGUUUUUUGGUGGAUUGACAGGCAAACUGGGUUGUGUGGCUUCUUUGCAACGCAACUGCUGCCAGCAGCGGAGGAGGGAGUACGGCCGUACAUCAAAGCUUUCGAGGACGAGAUGUAUGCAAGAGUCAGAGGACCCAAGGCACGUGCUGUUCUCUGA